AUGAAGAUUAUAUGCAUUGUUUUCAUUGGGCUUUUGGUCGGAGCCUCGGCCGCCUCAAUUGAUCCAACAUGCAUGUUAAAGGAUAUAAUUAAAUCGGACGAACGCAUUAGUCGUAAUGGUUACCCAUCGGAAUCCCAUUUUGUCACAACUCCUGAUGGCUAUGUUUUGAACUUAUUCCGUAUACCCUAUUCGAAUAAAUUGCAAAACAAGGAUUCGUAUCGCCCGGCCGUUCUGCUGCAACAUGGUCUAUUCAGUAAUUCCGAUUGUUGGUUAUCUGGUGGCCCCGACAAUGCUUUGGCUUAUUUGUUGGCCGAUGCCGGGUUCGAUGUAUGGCUAGGAAAUGCUCGUGGCAACAUUUAUUCCCGCCAAAACACUAUUAUUUCCAUAAAUAGUCCAAAAUUCUGGCAUUUUGAUUGGCAUGAAAUCGGUACAAUUGAUAUCCCUACCAUGAUUGAUUACAUCCUUGAACAGACCGGACAAUCGAAGAUCCAUUAUGCUGGCCACUCUCAAGGUACCACGGUGUACUUUGUCAUGAUGUCCGAACGCAAAGAAUACAAUGAGAAAAUUAAGUCAGCUCACAUGUUGGCUCCAUGCGCCUUCUUUGGACAUGGCACUUCAUUUGUGUACAAAAUUUUCCCUCCCUUGGUCGGUACUCCCGGUGGUAUAUGGAAUCAAGUGUUUGCCGAUAUGGAAUUGAUGCCACAAAAUAAUUUAAUGAAUCGUGCUGGGGAUACUGCUUGUGGUUUAGAGCCUUCCUUGAAGUUCUUGUGCAAUCACCUGUGGAUACUGUUUGCCGGUGAUGGUUAUCAAAAUACCAAUUUGACAGCUCUGCAAGAAUUAAUUGAAACGCAUCCUGGUGGUUCAUCCAGUAAUCAAGGUAUUCAUUUUAUGCAAUUGUAUCAACAUAAUGUUGGUCGUUUCUGUCAAAUGGAUUAUGGUGAAAAGAAAAAUCAAAAGAUUUAUGGCCAACCCACCCCACCGGAUUAUAAUUUGGAUAAUAUUGUGGCGCCCACAUAUUUGUAUUCUAGCUAUAAUGAUGGCCUUUGCGAUUCCAAAGAUGUUGAUACAUUAGUUUCGAACUUUAAGAAUUUGGCUGGAGAUUAUCGUGUACCCGAAAAAUCUUUCAAUCAUCUGGACUUUAUUGUCGCCAAGAAUAUGCGGGAAUUGGUGAAUGAACCGGUUAUGAGAAAUAUUCUUAAGCAUGAAGAAGAUUUGUAUUGA